CUUCUCUUAGUUCUCUGUAAUUCUUUUUUGUUUCUUCAAGGAUAUUACUGGUUAAUAGAGAGAGAGAGAGCUAUAUCAGUUCUAAAGAAUAGAAAAUGAGGCAAAUUAGUGAAGUUUUGCAUGGGUUGAAACCAGUUAUUCUAAUGGUUUUGGUUCAGUUUAUAUACUGUGGGAUGAAUGUUUUUUACAAAUUGGCUGCAAACGAUGGGAUGAAUUUGAGGGUUCUUGUUGCUUAUCGCUGGAUUUUUUCCACAGUUUUUAUAGGCCCUCUUGCUCUCAUCCUUGAAAGGAGGAAAAGACCAAAACUCACCUGGGUUAUAAUUUGUCAAGCUUUUCUUUGUGGGCUAUUUGGGGGAACGUUAACUCAAAAUUUGUACGUGAAAAGUUUAGUCUUAACAUCUGCAACAUUUGCUGCUGCUGUGAGCAAUCUCGUUCCUGCUGUGACACUAAUCUUGGCAACUUCCUUUGGGUUGGAGAAGUUGAAACUAAAGACAGUGGUGGGGAAAGCCAAGCUAAUAGGGACAUUAAUAGGAAUAGCAGGAGCAAUGCUUAUUACUUUCUACAAAGGAGUAGAAAUAAAUAUUUGGUCAACAAAUACUCAUCUUUUGAAACACAGUCAUGAUGAUCAUCUGAAAAGUCAAAAUGAUUCAGUCAAUCAAAUUUUGGGUUCUUCUAUGGCAUUGGGCAGUUGUGCUUCUUAUGCACUUUGGUUGAUAAUUCAGACUAAGAUGAGCCAGGGAUAUCCAUGUCCGUAUUCAUGUACAGCAUUAAUGUCCGUUAUGGCCUCGACUCAAUGUGUUAUUUUAUCUAUAAGCAUGGAGAGAAAUUGGAAUUACUGGAAAUUGGGAUGGAAUAUUAGGCUCCUGACCGUUGCUUACUCGGGAAUUGUGACGUCCGGAUUAGUUGUAACCCUAAUUGCAUGGUGUGUGAGCAUGAGAGGUCCAGUGUUCGUGGCUAGUUUUAAUCCUCUCUCCCUUGUGCUUGUAGCCAUUAUAGGCUCAUUGAUUCUGGAAGAACAGCUAUAUCUUGGAAGUGACAGCAUAUUAGGGUCAGUAAUGAUAGUGUGUGGAUUAUACAUAGUGCUUUGGGGCCAAAAGAAGGAAAUAAAGGAAAAAGCUAAGCUAGUGCCAACAACAAGUACACCCACUUCUCAAUUGGUUGAAGUUGUUGCUGAUGAAGAUCACUCGACACUGCCAAAGGAGAACCAACACGAUUAGCAUAUUUGAAAAACUUUUGAAAAGAAAAAAAAUACAUAUAUAGGAGCACAAAAUAGGAUCAUUAAUUGUAAGAGAUUUUCGCUAAGUGUAGGCUAUUAUAUAUGUAAUUACUUUUUUGCUUUAAAAAGCAUGAGUUAAUAUCCUUUCA